UGUUUUUGCAGGAUUAAUAUUGUUACUGAUACUAUGGCGGCGAAACUUGUUUCGAGCUGGUACAAAGAAGUGGAGUGUUUGCCCGAAAGCUACAUAUUACCGCCGGAGGAGCGGCCCGGCGACCGCCCAGUCCCCGUCAGCAACCAAAUCCCCGUGGUGGAUCUGGAGGCACCGGACUCCGCUCAGCUCAUCGUCGACGCCUGCCAGGAGUUCGGUUUCUUUCAGGUGACGAAUCAUGGAGUUGGGGAGGAGUUGAUGGAGGAUGGGAUGAAGGUGUUCGAGGAGUUCUUCGGGAUGUCCAAGGAAGAAGAGGGAGUGGUUUGUAAUUUGUACUCCGACACCCCAACCACGGAGCCGUGCGUGGUUAGCACCAGCAGUGGGAACAAUGUGAACAGUGAGAAGGUUCAUUUCUGGCGUGACGUUCUCAGGCACAGUUGCCAUCCUCUCCAUCAAUACCUUCCCUUUUGGCCUCACAAGCCCCACAGAUACAGAGAGGUAGUGGGAGAGUGCUCGGUGGAGGUGAGGAAGUUGGGUUUCAGGAUUUUGGAGAAAAUCAGCCGAGGCCUUGGCCUGAGCAGCGGCUACCUGGAAGAGUUCAGCAAGUUCAUGUACCUGCAAGUCAAUCAUUACCCGCCCUGCCCCGAUCCCACCCUCAGCCUGGGAGUGUACAAGCACGUCGACCCAACCAUCUUAACCAUUCUGCGCCAGGACUCCUACGGCCUCCAGGUCUUCAAGGACGGCCACUGGAUCGGAGUCCAGCCCAUCCCAAACGCAUUUGUCGUCAACGUCGGCCACCAGCUGCAGAUUAUCAGUAACGGGAAGCUGAAAAGUGCCGAGCACAGGGCUGUGACGAAUUCCGUCAAGGCUCGAACAUCGGGGGCUUUCUUUCUGCAUCCCGACGUCGACACCAUCAUCGAACCAGCGAAAGCUCUGGUCAAUGCGGCGAACCCUGCUCUCUACAGGUCCUUCCCAUCCUACGAGUUCGUUAAGCGGUAUAGCGCGAACCGCGGAGACGUUGAGGAAACCAUCAAGGCUUUUCAGCUCUGAUAAAGCUGCUUUCACCUCAUCUAUGUCGUGUUUUAACUUUUAAGACAGUAUUCUGGGUAAGGUAUUUAUCAUGACCAUACUGGGUUUUUGUUUUUGUUUUUUUCGCUUUUUUGCCAUAUCACAAUGGUACGGGGUUUAAAAUUGUGGAUUUUGUCUAUUUGUGUGAUUUCCAAAACAAAAUAUCGUGCUUAAAAUGUAUUUUCUUUGCUAUCAAGUUAAAGAUGGCAUUAAGGAACCUAUAGCAAGAGUUGUGAUGAAGGAUUCUUGUAAGGAGAAUUGAAUGGGAUAGAGAAAAGAACUCAGAUAAGACGGGGAGAAUCGGAUUGGUUGAACAACAAAGAUAUAAUAAUACACACAAUAAUAAAGAACGAUAAUCUAUAUGCAAUCAGAUUUUCAAUGAAAGAGCAUGUUUUGUC